AGGGCAGGUAUAAGUUAUCCACCGGUGUCUGAGGCUUCAAGGAUCGGAGGUCGUUCGGCAAGCAGUACUCCGUAGCAGAGCAGGGCAUUUGACGAUGCGGAGCAGUUUGGAAUCCCGCCACCCACCUUCCCUUCAAAUAUCUGAGGCUUCUGAGCAACUCGAGGUGUCUGAGCAACGACCAGCAGAAUUGCACCGAUCCGAGACCGCACUGAGUGGAAAUCGCGCGCCUUCAAAACGCCGCAAACGGAAGUCGAGACGGUCUCGAAACAUUACAAAUAGCGAUGCAGCGGGUCCGGAAAAAGCACCGCUUAGAACCGAGGCAACAAACAGCAACCCACUAAAUUUCCCCGCUGUUGGGGACCAAUUUGACCCUGGGGAGCAGGCGGGGCAGAGCUCAGUGCCGAUUUCCAGCGCCGUCAGCACGCAAAAGCUGCUGCGGGACUUGGAUAGGGUACCCGGUGGGGGUUCGUCUCAGGGCAACGUCAGUCACCGCACCAGCGAGAAUCCAGAAGCUCACCGAAACCGCUACCUGGGAAUUCCUGGACCUAAUGACCACCUCUUGUAUGUACAAGGCCAGAAUGAGAAAACGCGCUUGCUCUCCGACUUCACCGUUUGCAGCGAUCGAGGUCUGGACCUUGAGGGCCAGCACAUUGCCCGUGUCGCCGGAUUGCAAGAAGCCAUCAAUUACGAGGGAAUCGCGUCGCCGUAUAAGCUGAUCAAAAAGAUUCGGAACGAUCUUGAGCCCACGCUGUCGUCCUUCUUUGGCCGAUCCGAGUCGUACUUUCUGCCAUGGACAAAGUUGCACAGCGUCUUGAGCACGCAGACGGUUCUGAGGCUGCUCCGUCACUUGAACAAGAAAAUAACAGGGGCAAGUCAACGAGCAGACAACGAUCUUCCCGCACUGGCCAGCAAAAUCGCGCCGCCCCUUUCUAAGCUUGGCAGCGGCCAAGGGGUGAAUGGCCAACUCCGGCGCACUUUCGCAACGUUGAUUUUGGUAGGCCGUGAGAGCAUGGUGUUUGCCUUUGUCGACGCUGGCCUGGACGAUGGCUCGCUGCUCGAAAUCGACUUCGACGGGCUGACUCCAAUUUCCAACACGGAGAAAGCUCUGAAAGAUCUCUUCCGUGGCUGGAAACCAAGGGAAAUAAAAGACUUCAAGUCUCUGCGCUGGCAGCUUUCGCCGACCUUUUUUUCUGUCAAGAGGGAAUUUGGAUCUGGACUGGACACGGAUUUGCCAGACGUCCUCCCCUUUCAGUCUUCAAAGAGGCCGGCCAUCUCCGGUGGGUUUGCGGAUGUUCGAUUCUUCAAGUUGCACGAGGACCAGCAAGACUUGCCUCGUUUCACUCGACGCGGGAAGGACAACGACAUUGCCGUCAAGACACUGAAGAAUGAGGCAAAGGGCACUGCCGAGCAGUUCAAGGCUUACGAGAAUGAAGCGUAUGUCAUGGCGCGCAUAGCGUCCGCCAUUGAUACACCGCACAUGGCAAAGCUUUUGGCAACGAUUGAGGUCCCCCGCGCUGCCCCAGAUCGGGAACGCUCCGACUAUCAUAUCGUGUUGGAAGCCGCUGAUAGAACGGUUGAAAAGCUGUGGUGUAGCCACGAGUGGUGGAACCAAUACCCUGCUCGGGGCAUAACGGAUCUGGAUCUUACCAAGUGGGUAGCAAGCCAGUGCUAUGGGCUUGCCGAUGCCCUCUGGAAGUUUCAUGUACUGCCAAAGAAGGACGGUGACCUGAACGAGAAGAGGCGCGGAUUGCAUUGCGACAUCAAACCCGACAACAUUCUUCAUUACGAAGAGUGGGCGAUCCAACCGAACGCCAACCCAAAGGCUACCGUUCACGAGCGACUUGGCGUGCUUCAGCUUAGCGACUUUGGACUAAGCAGUUUCCACUCAACGAGAAGCGUCGAAAAUCAUCGUAUCGCUGGCGACUUCCUGGACUAUGCCGCACCUGAGACCGAUUUCUUGCUCACGCACUCCCCAGCCGCCGACAUCUGGCAUCUCGGGUGUUUAUUUAUGGACUUCGCCACUUGGUUGCUGGAUGGCCCCGAAGGCUACAAGCGGUUUUGCGACGGGAGGCUCACCACGGUAUUGAGAGGGCGCCGCUGUCGGUUUGCCACCUUCACGCAGGAUGUCGUUAGUGAAAGCAAUGAAUCAACGGCCGCCAACGCCCUCUCGCCCAGUCGGACCCCGAAGACUUAUGUGGACGUAAACAGAGCCGUCCUUGAGCAAGGUACAUAUCUCUGCCAGCACAAGAAAAGUUCGGAAUUCAUACGGGAGCUUUGCCAUCUAGCUAUCAACUACAUGUUGGUGAUGCGAGAUACAAACCAGAAGCAAAAAGUCGUCGAGUACAGGCAGGAACCACAAGCCGUUGCCGACAGACUGACCAGCAAACAAGUUGCUGAAAUCCUGAGACGAUCCAUCUCUAGAAGCGACGAGUACUUCAGGCCCUCACGUGCCGACAUCUUGCCAUUUGAGCAUAAUGGCUGGAGACGUUCGUCCCUUUUGUUGUACUACGAUGUCAAACAGCUGCAGAGAAUCAGCCAGAAGGUCAGGAGUGGGUUGGACCCUGAGGAAGCUGGCUUGAAGAUGCCCGGCGUGACGGAAGUCAGGGGUGAGGUAGAGCCAUCCAUGGUCUAAUGGGAGUUGCUACGUCAAGCUUGAUAACUUGAUAUUAUUGGGUUUCGAGGGGUUUCUAAUAGCUUUAGAAGGAUAGACGGCGUAGCCAGGCACUGGUGUGUAUCUUAUUGAGUAUAUUCACUAGACCACAAGCUGUAGGUGGGUGCUGAGAUGCGCAAA